AUGUUUUGUGUAAACACUGUACCUGAACUUUCCGCGGAUAAAAGAUGGCGUUAUUUCUUUACAAUUUUAGAAUUCAUUUGUGGUGUCUGGUUCACUAUUGAGUUUCUACUAAGGAUCGUAUUUUGUCCUGAUAAACGAGCGUUCGCAAAAAGCUGGUCAACAUGGAUUGACUUCUUAGCUAUAACUCCUUUUUAUCUGAAGUUAUUUGUUAGCAACCAUGAGAAUGCCAUAAACGCGCUCUUGGUAAUUCGUUUACUGAGGUUGUUUAGGUUCUUUCGUCUUAUUUAUGGGCUACAAGUGUUGUCGCACACUCUAAAAGCAAGCUCCUAUGAAUUGGUGUUGCUACUUUCAAUGCUGUUAAUUCCUGUGAUAUUGUUUUCGUCAAUCGUGUUUUUCAUAGAGGAUCACUUUGAUCGUCCCAACACAAAAUUUCGUUCUAUCCCUCAUUCAUUCUGGUGGUCCCUCAUUACCAUCACGACAGUCGGUUACGGUGAUAUGCAUCCCGUCACGUGGCUUGGAAAGAUCGUGGGCUCCAUGUGUGCCAUCUGUGGCGUACUAAUAGUCGCACUUCCUGUUUCUAUUAUCGGGAGUAACUUUUCUUUAUUCUACACUCACGCACAAGCGAGGCUUAAAUUACCAAAGAAGAAGCAUAGAUUAUUCAUACAGCAGACAUCGACGAUGUACUCUGAGAGGCAGAUGCCAAGAAGAAGGACUCUUAGGCGAAAGGUAUCUUCUAGAACAAGCGAUACUUGUAGUUUUAUGAUGUGCGGAGAUAGUCGUGCCUCUUCAGUACAAGGUUACAACUUACCCAAUGGGACAAAAAGAUCCAGUGUGAUUGCUAAAGAUGAAAGCAAGUUACAUGCUUCGGUGAGAAGAGUACCAAAAAAGAUCUCGACUAUUUCUAUAAAAAUUCCAGCGCUUGAGUCGCCUGUUGAAAAUAAUUCCUACGAAGGAUCCGAAGUGCCAUCUCCCAGGGGAUACUCUUCAUUCGAUUCCACGCAUUACGUGACAAGACGGAGGUCACUGACCACACCUGCUGAUGGCGUGAAAUCGACUAACAAUAACACAGAAGGAGAAAGUGGUGAAAGCUUGGGAAGUAUGAACAACACAUACAAGCGGAAUGUUAGGUGUAACGGUGCACAAAGCACGCCUGAAAUUAUUCCACUUCUCAUAGAACCUGAUGCGCCGACAGUAAUGUUAAAAGAUAGCGACACUAUAGAGACCUGCGAUUCGCCAUGCCCAGAUACAUCAGAGCAGUUGAGUGAUCAGCACCAUCUCUCAGUUGAAAGGGAGGAAUAUUUAACUGUUCAAAUGGCCAUUGAAGCAGAGACUGAACAGGAUGCCUGUGACAUUAAUGAUGCUUGUAUGUUGACGGAGGGAAGUGUGUCAAUAAAGCGAGUGCCAAGGCGCCGUAAAGAUGGAGUCGUGAAUUGGAAAAGACGGCCUUCGUCUCUGGAAAGUAUUAGUGAGAUGAGUAUUAAUAAUAGGCAGCCAAAUAGUGUCAAUGACUCUGGCGUUGAAGUCUUGGAUGAAAAUAUUUUGGGACCUGAAAUAACGAUGCCCGCGGUGCAUUUCAACCGCGGGCGAAGACAGCCUAUUUUCUAACUCUGAUCUUUAAUAACACUGGAUAAAAAAUAUUAUAAAACGUUCGGUGCCUGAUCAGUCAUUAAUCCAACACAGGGAAAAAAUAAUUCUCGGAAUUUCGCUAGAAAAUGGACGGGAAACUUUGCCAAAACCAUUGCUGUGUACAUUUUUAAAGUUUUAUAAAACUUUUAACCUUUGCGCUCACCCACCUAAAUGUGACGUAUUUCUUUGUUUCCUGAGGACCACGGUGUAAAGCUUGUUUUCGAUUCAGCUUCCACCGUCACUAAGUCUUGGGUGGAACUAAUGAACAGUAGGUGAUAACGGCAGUGUUCAGGGAACAAAGAAAUACGCUGCGUUGUGGUUCCAUCUGUGAGCUUCAUAUAUAUCUAGAGUAAGAACUCGACUCCAAAAGGUGAAGCAAGAGAUGACGGACAUUGACGGUCAGUGCCAUUCCCUAUGUUUUUUGUUUGCGCACUUAACAUAAAGCUGCAAGAAGUCAUGUCGAAAUUUUGUGUUCGACUUCGACUUAUAGAAUAACACUAAGGUUUCACGAACUGGUAGCUUGAUUAGCGAUUAGAUCCGUUAGAGAAAAACUGAAAUUAGCUUGGAAGAUGAUAUGAAAACUGUUUACAUUACGAAGAGUCCGCCAUCUUGGUUCUGCUUUUUUCUCAUAGACCGAAUGACUGAAAUUAAUUAUUAUUAAACUCCGGACAUAUACGUAUAGUGAUCACUAAGUACGAUACGGUUGAAAUGAUACAAUUGAUACCCAUUAUGAUACCCAUUUGGAUCAUCGUAAGAAGAAAUGUAAAGACCUUUUACAAUCGCAAUUUUUGCCGCCAUUUUAGUAUGAUAUUCCUCUUCUAAGAUGUAAACGAGUGGAUGAGUUAUAAAUGUUUAGAUCAGGGUACGUGUAUUAAGAAUAUUCAAAACAUUAUCUAUUCGCUCACAACUUCACAUGCAUCAGAAGAAGAAAAUAGCACUAGAAAUCGCAACAAAAAUUGCGAUUGACUCAUGCCAUUUUGGGUGGCAAAUUAAAAAUAGUUAAUUAAAAGCAAAGAUGGCAUCAAAGCAAGGCUACGGCACUGAUGCGGCCAUUGUUUUGGUUGAGAACUUUGAAGAGUUUUAAAUGUCCACAGCUGUGUAUAUUGUAGUCGGAUGAAUAAAAGAUCGAUUUUUGCCACCUAAACUGGCGGGAUUAUUUUUGAUGAUACGUCAUGAAAGACCUGAAUAACUGUACAUUAUUAUGUAAUAAUACUAUGCACAAAUGCAUAUAAAGUUUUUAUAGGGACCAUGUAUGCAUAACAAAUAUAAUUAUUUUGUUAGGGUUAAAUCUUUUACCUUUAAUCAUAUGUAUUCAUUAAUUAUAUAUACAG